AUGCGUCAUGAGUGCAAAUUCCACAAAUGGAAUCAGCGAUUCAAGAAGACAUUUCAUAAGCAGUCAGCACUUCCAGUAUCAGAACAAGUUCGUACGGCUGGUAUUGCAAUGCAUGGUCCAGACGGACGCAUUCAGCUAGACGUAGCAGAAGAAGAAGAGAUUGAUAUGAAUGUGCUACGACGUCACUCGAGAAGCACAAUUGAUACAAACGAAAGUCUGGAGCUCCUGAAAUCGUGUACACCACCACAUCUUAACAUUUGUAUCAUGAUUGUUGGAACUCGAGGCGAUGUGCAGCCAUUUCUAGCCAUUGCAGCGCGUUUACAACAAGAUGGACAUCGAGUACGAUUGGCAACACACGCGGUUUAUCGUGACUUAGUUAUAGGUGAAGGAGUUGAAUUUUACCCUUUAGGUGGAGAUCCAAAGGAAUUAGCGGCGUAUAUGGUCAAAACGGGUGGUCAUCUUAUCCCAACAAAAGUUGAGGUGAUUCAAAAAGAUGUGCCUCGUAAUUUACAAAUGAUUGACGAAAUUUUACACUCAACAUGGCCUGCAGUGACAUCUGCAGAUCCAGAUGGAGGUGGCGUUGGGAUUAAAGGUCCACCCUUUCGAGCUCAGGCUAUUAUUUCAAAUCCUGUGACUUAUGGACAUAUUCACGUGGCGGAACGGCUUGGUGUACCGUUGCAUAUUAUGUUUCCGCAGCCAUGGGUACCUACCAUUGCAUUUCCACAUCCAUUAGCCAACAUGCCGUAUACCGGAAAGGCACAAAAAAGAAAUUAUCUAUCGUACAAACUUGUCGAUUUGCUUAUGUGGCAAGGUACAGAAGGGAUCGUGAAUGAGUUUCGCACUGAAGUAUUGGGAUUGCGUAAAAUUCGCAAGGGCGAUGGUGGACGAGAUAUGUUACUAGACUUGCAUAUUCCCCAUGCGUUCAUGUGGAGUCCUAAACUUGUACCGAAGCCUAAAGAUUGGGGUGAUUUAUACGAUGUUGUGGGCACAGUCGUACAAAAAGGAACAGCGUCUUCGUAUACUCCAACUCCAGAGUUGGAAGCAUUUUUAGGCUUAAAUGAAGGUCCGAUCCUUGUUGGUUUUGGGUCUAUGGUGCUCGAAGACCCAAAAGGCACGACGGAGAUGAUUAUUAAAGCUGCGAUGCAAGCAAAUGUUCGUGUACUGAUUCAAUCGAGCUGGAGUGACAUGGCAGGGAAUAUGACAAACCCUGAGAAUGUUUUUUUUCUCGGCAAUUGUCCACACGACUGGCUCAUGCCGCGUGUGAGUGCUGUAGUGCAUCAUGGCGGAGCAGGCACAACAGCAGCAGCUUUACUCGCUGGCAAACCUACAUUUAUCGUACCUUUCUUUGGUGAUCAGCCUCUCUGGGGAUGGGCAGUUGAACGAGCAGGAGUGGGGGUGACUCCAUGCCCAAUUGAGAAAUUGACAACAGAAAAAUUGUGCAAAGCAUUCAAAGCUCUUCAAAACCCCAUGAUGCGUAAACGCGCAUUGACUUUGCAACAGAAAAUGCAGCAAGAGGAUGGAGCAGAAGAAGCAGUACGAUGUUUCUACCGUCAUUUACCGAUACAAGAUAUGCGCUGCGAUUUGGACGAUGACAGAGUCGCAACAAAAUGGUGCCGAACGAACAAAUUGAAACUUUGUGAUGUUUGUGAUUUUGUGAUUGCGUCACAAUUUAAAAAGUAUGAUCGAAAAAUUGUCGACUAUCAUUUUGUCGACUAUACGGCCCGUGGACCUGCUCAUGGUUUUGCAGGUGCCUCAUCCGGUGCUGCGGCGUUCUUUCAUGAAUUGGGUGGUGCUUUUAAAGAUGUAAUUGUGAAACCGACUCGAGGUUUUCGUGAAGAUGGUCCAAAGGGAGCAGUGAUUGGAGUAGUAAAAGGUGUAACAGGACUUGUGAUCCGCCCAAUUCAUGGUGUCGCGUUGUUUGCUGAUCAUAUUGCUGCAGGCCAUGCAAAUUAUCUAAAUGAAAGGGGCCACCGAAAACGUGGCAGUGUGUUUGAUCAAACUUUUAUGGUAGCUCUGGGCAAGGAGAAUGGCUUAAAGGAUUCGUAUACUUUAGGAAAUAGCUCCGAAGACAUGGAAAUGUGGCAACUCAUUGGACCAAAGAAAGAAGUACGACCGAAAGUAGAGCUUGUUGUGACGAAUGAAGAUAAAGACAAGUACCGAGCACGAUUUCGAGAGCUUAUAAGCGAGAAGGAAAGCCGUCGCGACUCGGUUGAUCGCAUACAACGAAGUUCUUCCUCGUCAACCACUGUAUCCGAUGUAGAAAGUGAAUUAUCACCGAGAGACAGCAUCUCUAUACUCUCUGCGGACUGCACAGCAACUGGAAAUAUUGGUGUGAAAUUCUAUAUGGGAACCAAAAGCCCAGACAGCUUAAGUGAUGACAAAAUUGAGGCGUGGCGUCAAUAUGCACGACUGCAAAAGUUCAAAUCCGAGCGUUCUCUCAACAUUUUUGCUGGUACAAUCGUACCGCCGAUGAAUCUUUGUCUUGCAACGAUAGGUACGUGGGAUAAUAACGUGAAACAACUCGUAGCGAUUGGACUUCGUAUGGCAGCAGAUGGUCAUCGUGUUCGAAUUGCCGCAAAUGAAGAAUUUCGAUCGGAUAUCAUGAGCCGCGGUCUCGAAUUUUACCCAUUAGCAGGUGCCAUGAGAAAUUUUCAUGACUUCGUUAAGUAUCUGCACGAUACAAGAAACGCUAAUGUGAUCCAGAAACAUAAAGCUGGUCGUCCGGUUCUCGGACCUUUUAAAGAUCUCGUCUAUUCUUUGUGGCCCGCUGCAAAUGGUACGGAUCCGCACGGUCGUGGACACAAUAUUCCUGGGGAACACUUUCGAGCUGAUGCAUUACUAUGGCAUCCGUUAUUAUUUGGUCAUGUGCAUGUUGCAGAGCGUCUGGGCAUUCCACUUCAGUGUUUCAGUUUGAUGCCGCUGUCUCCAACAUAUUCCAUGCCACAUGUCUUAAGUGCGUUUCUUAUGGACAAUACGAGUGAACUCGGAAAUGAAUUUAAGAAAACCAAUCGAUUAUCGUACGGAGUUGUGGAUACUCUCAUGUGGCGAGGUAUGGAAGAUAUUCUAAAUGAAUUUCGAGAACAUAUUGGUUUAAGAGGGCGUUUUACCCAACCGAGUCCACUUGUGGAAUGGGAGAUUCCACACAUUUACUUAUGGAACCCUGCACUGGUGCAGCGUCCACUAGAUUGGGGACGUGAGCUUAGUGUAACAGGUUACGUGACUCUUAAUGACGAGCUCGAAUUGGCGAGAAUGCGUAAAUUUAAGUGGAGCCGCUCUUUGAAUGAUUUCACACUAGCUACACGGAAUCCGGUCAUUUACUUUGGUGUAUCAACAUAUUGUCUAUCACUUGAUCAGAUCGAUCAGAUUUUGCACCAGAUUGACAAGGCAGCAGAGCAAUCAAAUGUGAAAAUCAUCUUUCAAGCUCGUGAAGGAGAGAAUGACCGACCACUUUACCAUUCCGAUUAUAUUUACCAGGUCGAGAGUGAUUUUUCUUAUUCACUUAUCCUGCGCAAAGUCACAGCUACUAUUCACUGGGGAGAACCCGCGAUUGUUGAAGAAAGCCUCGCAGCAGGAAAGCCCGUUGGUGUUUGUGUCAGUGUAUCGACCCAGUAUUACGCUGCUUGCGUGUGUGUGACUGCAGGUGUUGGUAUCGCGCCCAUUGAUUUAACGACGUGUACGACAGAAUCGUUGGUUUCGUCAUUUCACGAUAUUCUUCAACCUAAAUUACAAGUCAAAGUUCAGGAACUUGCCAAAACUUUCCAUCCACAGCAAGCACUCGAGACUACAGUGAAACAAUUUUAUAUGAAUUUACCGUUGCAAGCGAUGCGUUGUGACAUUGACGAGAAUAAAAUCGCUCGUAUCUACGACCCUCACUUGGAACUCAAGUUGUCAUUUGAGGCUUAUGUCGCAAUACAGCCCCUUCGUACCCAUUCUGACACAAACGACGUGAUCUACAAACCUUUGUGGUAUGACGGUCGUCGUCCGGCAAAAUUUAUGCUCCGAGAUUGUGCUGCUGAUGAAGAAUCCUAUGACGAAAAGCCAGACCACGGAUUUAAAUCAAUUCGAAGGGCACUCAUUUCGUUUGCAUCCCACGAGUCCAUGACUUCAUCAUCGGAAGCUCCUCGAGCAGUUUUGUCUCGAUUGAAAAGCCGAGGGGCUGUGGUGGUCGAGAAACCGAAAUACUGGUCAACGUUAGAAAAUGAAGCUUUGGAAAGCAAAGCAAUUGUAGAAAAAUAUGAAAAAGUGCUUCUACAACGUGCUAUUGACCAGUCAAGUCUGCAAUCUCGAAAAGUAUUGACACGUCGAUGA